AAAAUUAUCUGACGAAGAAGCUACUGAACGAUUUCAAGAUGCUGAUGCAAAUAAAGAUGGAAAAAUAUCGUGGAAGGAACAACUUUCAGAUUCUUUUGGAGAGGAAACCGACUUCGACGAGGCAUCUCUAGAGGACGAAAUGCUGCUGAAAGCUGACAAGAAAUUGUUUCAAGCGGCUGACUCGAACGGAGAUGGUGUUUUGGAUGCGACAGAAUACAAACGAUUUUGCAAUCCCGAAGAUUUUGCUGAUAUGCUGCCAAUCUUACUGACAAACACUUUGGACGAGAAGGAUCUGAACAAAGAUGGCCUCAUUAGUUUCGAAGAAUUUGUUGGCAAUAAAG